CUAUGGCUCAGCAGGAUAUGACAUUGAGAACUGUGUGCCGAGAACAUCGGUAAACAGCUUUCUUUUUCAUUUUACCUCCUUCCUCCAGAGCUUGCCUCUUUGUUUCCAUAGCCAUGGAUUUUACUGGAUUUUGCACAGUUAAGACCACCUGCCUUCGUUGAGGUUCCUCAUCCUCUUGAACAAUCUCCAUGUCUUUUCCCCUGGAUGGGCCUAUUUCUGAAGAUGCCCAGGAAGGGUGUGAUCUCACCAGCAUGUAUCACAUUCUCCUUGGCUAUGCUUCUUGAGCUGAACUUGAAAACCAGGAGCCUCAAUCCCUGUUUGGAGGUAAUCCCAGGCCACUCGUACAGAUGCAUGCAGCUGAAUCUCACUAGAGUUCCUUCUGGUAUUCCAAACACCAUCCAGACCUUGGAUCUAAGCUUCAACCCACUGAAAAUCCUAUCCUCAAGUUAUUUCUCAUCAGUUUUUGCUCUAAGGUUUCUGGACCUCACUAGGUGUCAUCUCUGGAAGAUUGAAGAUCAUGCCUUUGUGGGGCUCAAUAACCUUUCGGUCUUGAUCCUCACAGGCAAUCCUCUUCAGAUCUUGGGGCCGAAGGCUUUUCACAAUUUGCCCUCUUUGCAAAGACUGAUAGCUGUAGAAACCGACUUGUCCUCAUUGGACAGCUUGCCCAUUGGACACCUGACUUCUCUUCAAGAGCUAAAUCUGAGCCACAAUCACAUUGCUUCCUUGAAACUCCCUGUAUAUUUCUCCUACCUAAUAUUUCUUCAGCAUCUGAGCUUCCAAUUAAAUAAGAUCACCUCCAUCUCGGUAGGAGAUCUAGACACCUUAUCAAGCCAGAACCUGACACUGGUGCUCUCUAGAAAUGACAUAAAAUAUAUUGAAUUAAAUGCCUUUGCAGGAGUUCACCUUCAGCAAUUGUUUUUGAGAUCCUGCUUUGAGAAUAGCAUUGUUAUGCAAGCAAGCAUCCGGAACAUGUCUGGAUUGCAUGUCAACAGUUUAGUGUUAGGAGAAUAUAGGAACAUCCAUAGAUUGGAAUCCUUCAGCGAAAGCCUCUUAGAUGGGCUGUGCAAUCUGCAUUUGCAAGAGAUCACUCUUAUUGAAAUACACUCUCUCCAUACCUUAAGUAACUUAUCAUCUUGCAUCAACAAUGUUUCCAUGGUGCGGAUGGUACAUAGCUGCAUCAGCGAAGACUCAUAUUUCCCAGCAAACUCCAACAUUUACCAACUGGAAUACAAGGAUUGCAACUGGGAGGAGGUGCCUGCUGAGAAACUCUCAUCUUUAAAGAAGCUAAAAGUGCUUCGCAUAACUCACAAUAAACAUCUCAGAGGCUUUGAAGUCUACUUUACAGACCUCCUAAACCUGGAGGUCUUGGACAUCAGUGUUAACCGUCUGACAACCUACCUUUCCUGGGUUAGCCUCCUGGAGGGAGCUCCCAAUCUGAAGCACUUAAACUUGAGCUUCAAUUCAGAAAUCAGAUUAAACAUUGAAUGCAGUGGCCCAGCCAAGCUAGAAUAUCUGGAUUUACAACACACCAGACUCUUGUUACCAGGAACUGUUCCUUCUUUUUUCUGCCUCAACAAUCUUAUUUACCUCGAUAUUUCCUACACUGGCACCGAGGUUAUAGCUGAGGGUUCAUUUUGUGGCUUGGACAACCUGCGUGUGCUCAAAAUGUCAGGCAAUCUCUUUGCAAACAACCAGUUGGUUGACAACUUCAGGAACCUUACAAAGCUGCACUUCCUAGACAUUUCCAAUUGCCAACUCAGCCAUAUAUCUCUCAGCAGUUUAGCCUCCCUACAAGAACUCCGCCUAUUGAAUAUCAGCCGCAAUAAACUGCUAGGCCUCCAUCCAGAAACCUAUGUGCACAUCCCUGUUCUCACCACCCUGGAUUUUCACAACAACCAGCUGGCUGCUUUGAUGGAAGAGUCUCUUAAGAACUUGCCUGCUAGCUUGAAAAAUCUGGACCUCUCUGAGAAUCUUUUUUAUUGCUCUUGUGAGCAUUUGAGUUUCUUGCAGUGGGCAAAAAAAUCCUCAGCUCUCCUUCAAAACGUCAAAAACAUGGUCUGCCAUAGCCCCGUGCACUUAAAAAAUGUCCAACUGCUGGAUUUUGACCUGGCCUCCUGCAAGAUAAGUAUAACCACAGUGGUUAUUUCAUGUAGUGCUAUUCUGGUUCUGAUUAUAAUCUUGAUUCUGGGUUAUAAGUAUUAUUUCUACCUAUAUUAUAUGGUGGUGUUAUUCAUUGGAGACAGAGUCUCGGAUGAAAAAGAAACUGUCUAUGAUGCAUUUGUGAUCUUCUCCAGUAAGGACCAGGAGUGGGUGAAACAAGAACUUCAGGAACCACUGGAAGAGGAAGUACCUUAUUUCCGACUCUGUCUGUUCUACCGGGACUUCAUCCCUGGAGUUUCCAUCAUCACUAACAUCAUCAAAGAAGGCUUCCAGACCAGCCGGAAAGUCAUUGCAGUUGUCUCGAAUCAUUUCCUGGAAAGCCGUUGGUGUAACUUUGAACUGGAGGUAGCUCAGUCUUGGCAACUUGUGGAGAGCAAAGCCAGCCUCAUCUUAGUUGUCUUAGAAGGGGUGGACAAAACAGUCCUGCACCGCAGACUGGGGUUGUUCCGCUAUCUGCGGAGAAACACCUUCUUGAUGUGGAAGGACCGGGACAUCAACCGACAUGUCUUCUUGAGGCAGUUGAGAUCAGCCUUGCUUGAGGGCAAAACAUGGACUGAAGAAGAACUUAGCCUGGUUUUUAAAAAGUAGUGUGAAGUCUGCUUUUUCUGCCCAUCUGAGCCAGCCAGUCAAAUUUAGGGAAGCCUUCAAGAAUGGGUGCUCUCUGGAGAAACCUUCUUUAGAAUUUCCAUUUGGGACACAAUAUCCUAAGCUACAGACAGACCCAUUUCUUUGGGGCUGUAUUUCCU